GAAGUGACAUUUUAUCAAGUAUUACUCACUCACAUUAGUCAAAGUCUACAUUACCAGAGUAAAGUCUCAAUAAUAUCUUGCAAUUUUCUUAAUUUUAGUAUAUUCUAACUAAAGCAAUGCCUGAAAAUAUUGUAAGCUUUUAGUUAAUAAAAGUGUAUACGACGGUGAUAAACAAGAACACAAAAAUAUUAAUUUUAAAAUUAUUCCUUAAAAAGUGUAAAAAUGCUAAAAAUAUUUUUUAAAUUAACCAUUAUUAUCGUCGUGCUACAAAUAAAUUCAGCACAGGAUUUUGAACCAGACUGGUUAUCACCUUUUCCAGGAAGGACAACGAAUAAGCCAAUAAUAACAACCACAAGUGCACCAACCACAAAAACUACUUAUUAUGAUCUGAAACCAACUACACAGCCAACAUGGAGAACUUCUACUUAUAUUCCAUACUGGAGAGAACCUAUGACUAAGAAAACCACUCCAAAGCCAAGAUGGGGAAGUGAUCCACAGUGGAACAUUUUUAACUUUAACUGCGAUUGUAACUCACAAAGUGGGUACAGUUUAAUGAGAUGGAUUUGUAGUGUAUCGAACUAUAUGACCACAUAUCGUUGUUGUAACGCUUGUACAGGCUAUAGGCCAAGUUGUCAUCACAAUGAGUAUUCAAUGAAAUCAUCAGAGGAAUAUUUAGAUAAUAAUUAUUAUUAUGAUUAUGAUAAUUAUUAUUAUUAACAAAUUUUCAAAAUCAAAUA